CCUGCGAGAUUUAGCGAGACAAACAAACCAAGAUGGCAGACACCAAGCGCAGUACCGACAUAAAAAAAGAUGAGAAAACGGACACAAAUGAAGCAGAGAAGAAAAAGGGAGAGCCUAAAACUGAACAAGACCUAUCAGAGGAAGAUAGGCAGUUGCAGGAUGAAUUGAACAUGCUUGUUGAGCGGCUGACUGAGCCUAACCAAAAACUAUACCUGGCUGCUCUUGAGAAUUUGCGCAGCCAAAUUAGAGCAUCAACUACUUCAAUGACAUCAGUGCCCAAGCCUUUAAAGUUUUUAAGGCAGCAUUUUGAUACGCUCAAAACUGUCUAUGAAAAAAUAAUUGACAACAAUACCCAGCGUUUUUGCGCUGACAUAAUUUCUGUCCUUGGUAUGACCAUGAGUGAGGGUAGAGACAGUCUUAAAUAUAGACUUUUAGGCUCUAAGGAAGAAAUAGGCUCAUGGGGGCAUGAGUAUGUCAGGCAUUUAGCAGGCCAAGUAGCACAGGAGUGGCAAGAACUCAGUGAAGAUAGCACAGAGAUGAAAGAAAAGCUGGUUGGGUUGGCUAAACAAAUUGUGCCUCACCACAUGUCUCACAAUGCUGAAGCAGAAGCUUGUGAUCUUUUAAUGGAGAUUGAGAAGUUGGAGCUGUUGGAACACUAUGUUGAUGAUGCUGCAUAUUCUAGAGUGUGCUUGUAUCUUACAAGCUGUGUUCCUUAUGUACCAGACCCUGAAAACACAGUUCUACUAAAGUGUGCAGUAAAUUUGUAUAGGAAAUUCAAACAGUUCCCACAAGCCCUUAGAUUUGCUAUGGCUUUGAAUGACAUGGCUCUCAUUGAAGAAAUUUUCCUGGAAUGCCCAGACCCGCUUGUAAAGAAACAAUUAGCUUAUAUGCUGGGCCGCCAACAAAUUUCCCUUGAAUUGUCUGAAAUGAUGGAUGACAAGGAUGAUUUAAGAGAAAUUAUUGCCAAUGGGCAACUGAAUCAACAUUUUCUUACCCUAGCCAGAGAGUUGGAUAUAAUGGAUCCUAAAGUUCCAGAAGAUAUAUACAAAACUCAUCUAGAGCCCAACAGAAAUACCAUAGGCCCAAGCAAUCUUGACUCUGCUCGACAAAAUUUGGCUGCCUCUUUUGUCAAUGGACUUGUUAAUGCAGCUUUUGGUACAGACAAACUCAUAACACCAGAGGAGGGACACAAAUGGCUUUAUAAAAAUAAGGAGCAUGGCAUGCUGAGUGCGACCGCAUCUCUUGGACUGAUCUUACUUUGGGAUGUUGAUGGUGGUCUUACACAGAUUGACAAAUUCCUUUACUCAAAUGAAGACUACAUUAAGGCUGGUGCACUUUUGGCUUGUGGUAUUGUAAACUCUGGUGUACGUAAUGAAUGUGAUCCAGCUCUGGCCCUUCUAGGUGACCAUGUGAUGCACACCAACUCUUUCAUGAGGAUUGGUGCCAUUAGUGGCCUAGGUCUAGCCUACGCUGGAUCAAACAGUACUCCUGUCCUAUCUUUGAUUCUUCCUGUUCUAGGUGAUCCCAAAGCUAACAUGGAGGUUGUUGGUAAUGCUGCCCUUGCUUGUGGUAUGAUCGCGGUGGGCACAUGUAAUGGUGAUGUCACAUCAACUAUCCUACAAACCAUGAUGGAGAGAUCUGAGACUGAACUAAAAGAAACAUAUUCACGUUAUCUUGCAUUGGGUUUAGCACUUGCUUUUCUAGGCAAACAAGACGCUUGUGAUGCCACACUAGUUGCCUUGGAGGUUAUUGCUGAGCCACUCAGAUCAAUGGCCACCAUGCUGGUUGAUGUUGCUGCCUAUGCUGGCACUGGCAAUGUGUUGAAGAUACAACAUUUACUGCAUGUGUGCUCUGAGCAUGAUGAGUCCAAAGAUGCUGACAACAAUGAGAAGAAAGAGGACAAGAACAAAAAGAAGGACAAGGACGAUAAAAAGAAAGAAGAUGAAAAGCCUGUUGGUCCAGAUCUCUCAGUUCAACAAGGUGUUGCUGUUCUGGGUAUUGGUCUCAUUGCCAUGGGAGAAGAGGUUGGGUGUGAGAUGUCAUUCCGUGCUUUUGGCCACUUGUUGCGUUAUGGUGAACUACCCAUCAGAAGGGCUGUACCAUUGGCACUAGCACUCAUAUCUGUAUCAAACCCUAAAUUAAACAUUCUAGACACCUUAAGUAAAUUCUCUCAUGACAGUGAUCCUGAAGUAGCACACAAUGCAAUUCUCUCUAUGGGGAUUGUAGGGGCAGGAACUAAUAAUGCUCGUUUAGCAGCCAUGCUCCGCCAGUUGGCAGUCUAUCAUGCUAAGGAUCCAAACAAUUUGUUCAUGGUACGACUGGCCCAAGGUUUGACUCAUCUUGGCAAGGGGACACUAACUCUCAGCCCAUAUCAUAGUGAUCGCAUGCUUAUGUCCCCUGUUGCUGUUGCUGGAUUAUUAUCAGUUCUGGUUUCAUGUUUAGAUGUUAAAAAUAUUAUAAUUGGAAAAUCCCACUACAUGUUGUAUAACCUGGUAUCUGCCAUGCAACCACGAAUGUUGGUGACAUUUGAUGAACAGCUUAGACCUCUGCCAACUACUGUCAGAGUUGGACAAGCUGUUGAUGUGGUUGGACAAGCUGGUAAACCUAAGACAAUCACAGGUUUCCAAACUCACACAACACCUGUCUUGUUAGCUUAUGGUGAAAGAGCAGAAUUAGCUACUGAGGAAUAUCUACCCUUGACUCCUAUCAUGGAAGGUUUUGUCAUCUUGCGCAAGAAUCCAGAUUUCAGUGCUGAAUCUUAAUCUCAUGUAAUUUGUGCUUUUUUUAAAGCAACAUUUUUGUUUGAAUGAUUUGUAUGAUUGUCUUGAGAGAUGUUCGACCAUUGUUUUGUUUCAGCAGUUAAUUUUACCAAUUGUAGUGUAGGAACAAGUCCACAUUUUCAGAACCAAUAGAAUAUGCUUUUUAUGUUUCAGCUAUUAUAUGGGUGGACCUUUUCUAAUUCAAGUGCAGUUCGAUUUUUAUUUAAUAUUGUAUCAGUUUAAAUUUGAAAAUAAAGACUGAUUCAUU